AUGUCUAGUGUUGCGAACGCCACCCUUCCUACAACGAACAAUAUUCUGAUGAACUCACAGACAGUAUCGAAUUCCGCCGAAAAGCUGGAUGAAAAAACCCAGAAGGGUGUAUGUCUCAAGGCUUCGGAUUCUGAAUCGGAAAGUGAUUCCGAAGUCAGCACAGACGACGAAGAUACCAGCGAUGAUGACAAGCGAAUGGCUGAUAAUCCCAUUCUGAAAGAACGGUUGAAGCAGUUGGAUCGUUACGCUACUCCAUUGAGUCAUAAAACUCAGUCACCUGACCAAACUGGUCUGCCCAGUGCCUACGCCACCCCGUUACCACUUACGGAUUGUAUGGUUAACAGUGGUCCUUUGUCCUCCCAUGGGAAAUCUAGUGGGCCAUCGGAUGUUGUGGACAGUAGUUCAACUCCGUCUGAAUAUCGCUCACAUCAACCGUCUGUUACUGAAUCCCCCAAUCCGUGCAGCGGACCGGCUUCUUUGAAUACUUCUGUUACCCCAAAGCACAACUUCUCGCCGCCGUAUGGCAUACACGGUGGUAGUGGGGGCGCAUCCGGACCGUCGUCGCAGCAUGAGCAACAAUCUGGCGGAGCUUUUUAUUCCCAAAUUUCUUCAAAGUUUUCUCGGAAAGUCAACGACGCUCCUUGCGGUUACCCGAGUUCUUUCCCCGAAGGAUGUGAAACUGGAGCCCCGGAAGAUCGUCUGGUCGGAGGUGAGGAAGAACAGGAGUUUAUUUGUGAAGUCUGCAAUGCUGUGUAUGCUAAUCGGUCGUCUUUAAGAAGUCACAUGAAAAAACACAUAAACCAUGUCGCUAAGCGCCACCAGUGUGAUCAGUGCCCUUAUUCAACGCAAUACGGCAAAAAUCUUCUCAAACACAUUGAGUCCAUGCAUGGAAAAGGCCAAACUGAUCAAGUUCAAUGUGAGGGCUGCGCUCGUUUAUUUCCGACCGAAGACCAUCUCCGGAAUCAUGAGUGUGCUUCCGUACAGUAUAACGCCUAUCGCUGUGAGGAAUGUGGAAGAGUGUUCAAAACAAAACUUCGUCUGAAGUAUCAUGCUGACAUUCACAAUCCACGUAAACCAUAUGUUUGUGAUGUCGAGGGUUGUGAUCGCGCUUUCCGUACUCCCAAGUAUUUGAAGAAUCAUCGCGAUGAGUUUCAUCGCAUGCAACCGAAGAACUACCUCUGUCCCGUGGAAGGCUGCGAUUUAGUUUUUCACCGGAAAACCCACCUCAAACGUCACAUUGCAACGCACGAAGGUAAUGUUGAUCGAAACUGCUCGCCAACAUUUUUAUUUCCUUCAGAUAAAUCAACAUGCUCCCAUCUAAUACUGGUGGUUUCGUGUUUUCAGCAUAAUCAUUCUAGCAUUUGGGUAUCGGCCUUGGUUUUUGUUCAACAAUUAAAGAAGCUUUAA